AUGGCUACAUUCGACGUGGACAGCCGACAUGGCACAGGAGACGGAUUUCUCACCGAAGACCGACGAGAAUUGGUCACCCAAGUUUUUACGGUGAUUGCUGUAGAGCUAACAGUUCCAGGCGUAAUGUCUAGCCCGUCGAGGCAAAUCAAAUGUGUGGUGGUUGGGGACGGUACUGUGGGCAAGACAUUCGUAUUUGUGAAGGCGAGCCUGCCACCGGGUGCCUUUUCCAGCUUUGACAACUAUUCUGCUCAAAUGACAUUGGACAAUCACACAGUCAAUCUCGGACUAUGGGAUACAGCUGGACAAGUAAUAUAG